GAGGCAAGGGUGGCGUCGCGACGCAUGACCACCCCAAGAGGCGUCCGUCCGCCCCCAAGUUUCGGACUCCAAAAGGACGGGGAGCCGCAAUCUCGGGGUCACCUCGCCCCCGGCUGGCCAGGAACUCGACCAGGAACAGCACCCGCGGGGUGGGUUGCCGGCGCCCCGGCCCACUGGGGCAACCAGGACACACGUGGCGCCCCCCGAUUUCGAAAAGCGUCCCCGUAACAGGUCUGGAACGGGUAGCGGAAGAGUUGAUGGGCCGUAGGAGAUGGAAGCAAUACCAGGACACCCUGUACAGCAGCACUCGCAGCGAAUCGGCAACGCAACCGCAGCAGCACCGGCUCUACCCGGUGGGCCUGCCCGCCUGCAACCAGCUCCCGAACCAGGGCACCGCCGGUGGAGCCGGUGGUCCCGGCGGUCCCCAAGGCCACCGGCCGCGGCCCCCGGGGCCCGUGCCGGUCAAGCAGGAGACCCAGGAGAUCCAGGAGCCCCGGGAGACCCAGGAGACCCAGGAGCCUCCCCGGGUGCCGAACCACGUGGAGGAAGAGCUGCGCCGGCUGAGGCCGGAGGAGAUCAAGGUCGAGGUCGGCUCGGAGGCUGCGGAAGGGGGCCGGGACGCCCAGACCCAAGUCCAGGGGGAGAGCCAGGGGGGCGACCAGGGGGAGAACCAGGGGGAGGACCAGGAGGGGGCCGAGAGGACGGUGGCGGGACCCGUUGCCCUCGCGGGGGACCCCAAGGAACCGGCGGAGGGGGAGGACGCCGUCGAGAGGAGGCUCAAGGUCACCGAGGACGUCGACGCCAGCCGGACGGUCAGUCCUGCCCGGGAACCGGACCAGCCGGCGAACCGGGACCGGGACCCGACCAACGCCACCGACACGGAAGGGACCAAGGGACGGAUCGAGGAAGUCGCGUUGGAGCGGAUACAGGUGACCGCAGGUUUGCUUCGGGUGAAGAAGGAGGAGGAACUGCAGGAGGCGCCGGUGACAGGGGGUGGCUCGGGGGCGGCGGAGCCCGAGGGCAGCAGGUCGGCGGAAACCACCCCCGUCGGCUCGCUGCCCCUGCCCCUGCCCCUGUCUGUGCCCCUGCCCCUGCCCCUUCACCCAGGUCGGCGAUCGAGUCCACCUCCCGAGGACUGGAAGCCGCUGGAUAAGUGUUACUUCUGCCUCGAUGGCAAGCUGCCCCACGACGACCAGCCGCCCCUUAGUCCCCAGAGCGACAGCAGCAGCAGCUCUCGAUCGGCGGAGUCUCCGAUGUCGGUCCAGGUCGACCCCAUGGCUGCUUCCGUGGUGGCGGCCGCCCUCAGCGGCACUUACCCCACGCUGCUGCCCCAAUGGUGUCUGCCCCCGAGGGAGGCGCCCCUUGUUGGCGCCCAGGCGCACCAGGACACCAACGCGGUCGUCGAUCAGCCGCUCGAUCUCUCGGCCAAGCCCAAGAAUUCUCAGGACAACAACAUAUCCCUAUUGGAGCAACAAAAAAUACCUCUUAGGAUGCCCGCAGGCAUUGACCCGAAGAGCAUCUUCAACUCGUCGUACCGCGCGAAGCCGCGUAUUGGAGGCCCAGGGUCCGUGGCGGGUGUAGCUGGUGUGGCGGGCGUGCCCGUGGUGGGCGCCGGCGGUGGGCGCAGGACCUACACCGAGGAGGAGCUGCAAGCCGCCCUGAGGGACAUCCAGAGCGGCAAGCUCGGGACCCGCAGGGCCGCCGUCAUCUACGGCAUCCCCAGGAGCACCCUGCGCAACAAGGUCUACAAGCUCGCGAUGGAGCGCGAAAGGGACGCGUCCCUGACUAGCACCCAUUCACACCCUCACGAGUCCGGCGCCCCAGCCACAACACCAAAUACGACCCAAAACGCCUCCGCAACCAGUCCGCCCCCGCAAGUGGAUGAGGUGGAUGACAAGGAGCUGUCGGGCACGGAAGAGGAAAAAGAGGUAGAGAAGGCUUUAAUGAAGCCGCUGCUCUCGCUGGAGGACCUGGUCAGGUUUUCGGCCUUGGAAGGAACGGGAGGGGACUCCCUGAGGACGUUGCUUCAACGUGGUCAGGAAACUGGAACCGAGUGGCCAGGGUUCGAGCACGCGAACAUCGGACCCUACAUCCAGAAGAUGCUCGCUGCAGCGGCGCCAUUCAAAGGUUUGGAGACGCAGGACUACAGAAUUCCGGAGGUCAUGAGAAGGCUGAUGAGCGAGGACAAGAGGCUCAGCAAAGACGUGAACGGCGACCAACAGCAACACCAACACCACCAUCCCCAGCAGCAACAGCAGCAGGGACAACAACAGCAGCCGCAACAGCAGCCUCAACCACCGACGCCGACGCAGCAACAACAGCAGCGUGGUCCAAUGACGAACGAGGAUUUCAAUCCCAGUAUAGAAGAGGAGGCGAGCGACAGUGCCCAGAGUAGAGCCAUACUCAAAAUUCCGUCCUACAAACCCGCGAGCACGCCGGGUUCCAGCAAAAAUGGCGAACCCAGCCCGGCAGCUUUCGCCCAAAGUUUCGCAGCGGCGUCCAGCGCUGCCGGAAGUCCGGGCCUCCUGGAGCGGGCGAGUCCCGCGUUCUCCGGCACUAGCAGUCCUACAAACUCACUCGUCGGCAAAGGCGUAGGCGUCAACUUCCGGGACGUUAUCGCCAAGAGCAUCAGCAUCAAGUUCCAGGAGGGCCAGGGCAUGCCGCAGGCGGUUGUGCAGUCGCCGAUGAUGUCGGAGCCCAGUCCCUUCAAACGGGGAAGAUAUACGCCGCCUCAACCGACGCAACAGCAGAUGCAACAGCCACCCAAAUCCAGCCAGGAGAACAAGCCCAAGCCUGGUACUGGAGGCAAGGGCACUAGGCCAAAACGUGGCAAAUACCGGAACUACGACAGGGACAGCUUGGUAGAGGCCGUCAGAGCCGUGCAACGAGGGGAGAUGAGCGUCCAUAGAGCGGGGAGCUAUUAUGGGGUACCACAUUCCACGUUGGAGUACAAAGUCAAGGAACGACAUUUGAUGAGACCGCGAAAGAGGGACCAGAAGCAGCCAGACGACAAGGCCAAGGAGGCAGCAGCUACGGUCGCAGCUAUGAGGCAGGGAGGGCCUGACAAGAAACCUCAGUUGAAGCCACAGAAGCCCUUUACACCUCCUGGGCCAAUCGCAGGCCCGAAUGGCCUGAAAAUGCCUCCCUUUAUCGAGGGAAUGCCCCACUUGCCGUUCGCCCAUCCCUUCAACUUUUGGGGUCCAACGCCGUUCAUGCCAUCACCUUUCAUGGCAGGCGCUCCCAAUGUGCCCACCAUGCUGCCAGAACAGUACUUCGCGACUCAAAGGAUGCGAGGGCUGCAAGAACAGCAAAGAAACGCGAUAGUUCAACAGCAACAACAACAGCAGCAACGCGAUCGGGAGGGUAUAAACGUUCCGGCCGAGCCUGGAACUUCCAAUUCCCGGAACUCGUCAAUAGCGAAAUCAAUUAGGGAGAUGGCGGAGAGCCAGUACGACGGAACGGGAGCGAAUGGCAACUUCCUGGACAACUUGAUCAGGUCGAGCCUGGAGACGGGCGUUUCUAGGGACCAGCGAGCGAUCGCCGAAGCGAGGGGCCAGCAGCAAACGCAGCAACACCAUCCAGAAUCAGUGAACAGUAAAGCCCUGAUCGACCAGCUUUGCAGGAACUCGCGGAGGACGCCCCUCCCGAGAAUGGCUCAGGACAGCAGUGAGGACGAGAGUUACCGGGGAUCGGGAAGACCGCUUCUGGAGAGGCCUGAACGUGUGCCCACGGUAGAUUUAAGUCCGUCGCCUUCGGAGCGAGGUCGAGCGGACGAUGGCAGCGAUAGGCUGACUUCGCCACCGACUCCCAUGUCAGUCUCUAGGACCGGCAGCAGGGACGAGGAGACUCGCGAUUCGAGGAUCGACCUGGGCAGCAGGGAACGGGAGGUUCAUAACGGGCAGGAGGACCGGGAGCGCGAUAGAAAGACUCUGACCUUGCAGCAGCAGCUGAACCACUACCCGGACUUACACAACCUCUAUGCCGUAUCAACUGACAAAAAAAGUGCCUGUGAUAGUAAGCUUAUAGUAGAUCAUUCGAGCCAGAAGACUCAGCAGCAGCAACAGCAGCAGAAGGAGUACGCGGCCGUGAGCGGCCUGGUGGUGCAACUGCAGAGAGGCUACAACACCGGUACCGCAAGGUCUGGCGAGCAGCCCCAACCCUCUGUGCCGAACAGCCAGCCACCCCAGGAACACGGCGCUGUCCUCACCAUGGAAGACUCCGUAGAGCAGUAGACGAAAGUCAGUAUCUUCAAAGUAAAGUUAGACAGUUACGGUAACGGUAACGUUUACAAGUAACGCCCGUGUUCCCGACCCUCCGAAGCACUCGACCCGCGCACCUAUCCCUUACGGGCACUAUCGACGAGUCGGCACCACGUGCGAGCGUCUCCAAACCAACCCGUGUACUCGGUAGCAGUGGAUCGGGUGGCUCGGGUGGAUCUACGGACCUCUAGAAUUCCAGUUGACGUACGUGGUUCGAGCCUAGGUUAGAAACGUUAGAUCCGCCAGCGCCGAUGGUCGUCCGAUCGCCAUCGGCUGAUCGCGAAACCAUCGACGCCCUCCGAGGUCGGUUCUCGACGCGUUAGGCUGGUCCUCGCGCGUGGUCCCGAAAUCGGUAGAGCUCCAGCCAAUCCCCGACCUGCCCACCUUGACCGUUGUGGGGAAUCCAAGUUGCGAAACGCAAAGAAGCUAGACCCAAGGGAAUGAAAAAGCACGCAAAAGCUUACACCGGUAACCGUGAACCAUUGCGAUCCCAGCAGUAAUCCACUGCGCGCGCGCGCGCCCUAGUGGCGGCCACGCGCGGUACGACUCUUUCGACUAUGGCGAUUUAAAGGACAAAAAUAUGGAAAUGAAAUACGGAAACGUUGAAAUACCCACAGGCGACACACCGUAGGUAGAGAAACAGUGCAGACACGCGUUAGGACACGCAUCGGUAGACACGCGCUCACACCGACAUGACUUUCCACACACGUACACACACAUAUACGCGCGAUACCAUCCCUUCCCACACGGAGACUCACGAGCACACGUAUACACGAGUACAUAAACGCAAGCGCGCGACGUUGACCGUACUACGAAGGGCAGAUGAAAAAUUAACACAACGUAUUUUUUCUCUAUCAAUGUAAAACUACCUAAUAUUACCUACUUACUAUUAACAUUACCUAACUUGUAAGGAGCAACAUAUUAUAUAAGAAUAAUAUAUAUAUACAUAUAUUUUUGGUCAUUACAAAUGCGACGAGGAAGCGAGCCAAGACUUUUGUUGGCGCGUCAGAAGGCGUUUUCACAAGGCGACAAUAUUCUCUAUCUCAGUUUUAUUCAGGCCGGCGUUAUAUACACUAGGGAAACGCGCGUCCCGCGUUUACGUUUUAGUGGGAGCUCCGCGUCGCCGCCCUCUGCUUUACCGACCGUCCCGCGACGCCGGGACGAACCACAAGGGCAUUCCCGACGGCCUCUGUAAGGGAGAGCUCCGUGGAUUUCUUCGGGUUUCCUCCGUUCCCCUCUCUCUAAACCAAUCGCGUUCGUGGUUUUGCUUUUUCUCGCUGCUAAGAAACAAUUUGUAAAGGAGAGAAAAGCCAAGACCACUCCAGGAACAGUGCGAGCGUUUGCACGGUGACCUACGCGCCGGAGGAAACCCGGAGGACGGGCCCGGAGGAAGCCGAAUGUGGCGGGGCUCUUCCUUACCGACCGAGCUCGUCGUUUACAUGGUUCGCCCGCUGACCGCGGAACUCCCGGCGGCGCUGGACGACCGUGCCGGUGGCGACACGCGGAUCUUAGACGGGAUUAACGGGACUUCACCCUGUCGCGCUGUGUGUGGCGAGGAGCAAAACCUACGUAGAGGGGAAAGACAAAUGUUCACGGCGCGCUCUCCAUUCGGGUCUCUUCUUGAAGCAGUUGUUUAUUAGGCGUUGAAGCCCUUUUUGAUACGAAUGCAAAUUUUCUACCAUAGCGGAGAAGCGUAGCAGUACGAGAGACUAUAGAUUUUUUCACCGCGAACGAAAGAUGUGGCGCGAGACCCCGGGAGAAGGGACGCUCAAGUCGUGGGGAGGAAAGUCAAGAUCGAGGUUAGAUAGCUUUGGCUUUCGCCCUCGAAGAUGUGAUAUAUACGAAGGGACAAAGUAAAACGAGGUACAAAAUGGAGGCGACCGGAAAUGGAAAUCUCAUUGUUUGGCCUCGUUCCGCAUCCGCAUAUCCUUAAGUAAUCGCUGGAAUAUAUCCUUAAUGUAUACCUAUGGGGAUUCAUUUCAAAAUCACAACAAAAUGGCCGCCCUGGUAUCGCAUUUAUCGGGACCUCUGUUCUGUACCUGCUUUAUCUUCGCGGAUAGAGGUAGUGUGGGCCCGAUGACGUUAAGAAUGAAGAGAAUUCGCGUUUUGGGAUGGGUCGGUGAAGAAAUCGGAUGUUUCGGGAAGGGAAAAAAAAAUAACUCUCUUUAGAUUUUAGAUAUACCGCGCCCGUUGAGAUUAGAGUGCCGGCAUGAGGUCUCAGGACCUGGUUGUCGGGGUCGUGCGUGUCGCUCGUGCACGAAUGCGCCACUGGCGGCGCUGUCGUCGUUUCUUCGCCCGGACGACCUGUAGGUAGAAGCCGACCGCCAUAUUGGACCGCAAUGAAAGAAAACCCGAUUUAAAUGGGAUAGACACCAUUUUUCAAUGAUUGUGUUAUAUCCCACGGUGUAAAAAUGUCCAUUAUAAAACACUGAUAUUCCUUAACAGUUUUCAUAAUCGGAAAUAAUCCAACACUGUCAAUAAAUUCUUUCGUAACGGCGAAUACAAUUUUCUAAAGCAUUAAUCCAUUCUAUCAAUACUCAGUGUUGGAAGAAAUCUUCCUGAGAUAAAUAAAUAAAAUAUUCAGCGUUCUUAAGGGGAUGUGAAAGUGACAUCCGAGCGUUUAA